ACCGAACACGAUGUAAUGCGAGUAACCAGGCAACUGGUCGCAAAAUUCAAAAAGAUUCCUUCUAUUUAUCCAGGUUGCUAGGUAACUCGUUCAGACAUCAUUUGGCGGACUUAAUGGGAUCAUUGUCGAACAGCAGUACAUGUAAUUAUGAAUCGCAAGUAACUUUUUGGGUGUUGGUCGUAAAUUUUGUGUCGCUUAGCUGUGCGCUUUGUGAUCAAUGUGUGAUUUGUCACCGCGACAGUCGCGCAGGCUAAACCAAGUCCAAACACUUUUUUAUUUUUCGUGGAGGCUGUUGAUCCAUUUUAAGCUCCCUCAUUGAGACUGAAAGGGAGACUUGUUUGCAGACCUUGCUAAACAAGGUAUAAUGGCAGUGGCGGGUGGCGUCCGCCGCUGGCAAGUGCCAGCCGCCUGUGCGCUGGUCUACCUCUGCGCCGUGGCGGCCCAGUUCGACUGGCAGACGCAGGACAACUUUGACAUGAUCGACCAGAAGUUCAAGCGGGUGCGCGCGGAAAACUGCGAGCUGCUGCCGUUCCCGGAGCUGUUCAUGCCCGAGGACGCCGUGUCGCACAAGCCGGACAUCAAGGAGAUCAACAUCAACCCGGUGCUGCCCAACCGGACGCACAUGCUGUACCUGCACAACCUGGUGCUGUCGCGCGGCUAUUUCUACAGCUACGUCAUUCAGAGCAGGUACAAGCGGCCGACCCAGGAGGGCAAGGAUCAGUCCGAGCUGGACCCCGGCAUGAUGUACUACUUCCUCUCCGUGGUGGCCGACCUCAGCAGCAGCCCCUACAUCAACGCCAGCGCCAUCUACUUCGCGCCCAACACCUCCUACUCGCCCUCCUUCACGUCCAACUUCAACCAGACGUUCCCGCUGUUCGCGCCGCGCGCCUUCCGGGCGGACGACUACAACUACCCGUUCCACCUGGAGCGUAUCUCCACACUGAACACGUUCGAGGUGUCGGACCUGGGCGCCUUCGAGAAGAUUCGACAGAGCAAGAACUACACCAAGGAGGAGUACCGCAUCAAUCGCUGGUACUACAAAUGGCUGCCGGACCGGCGUCAGACCCAGGCCUCCAAGACCACGUACACAGUGAAGAUACGCUACGCCAACAACACAAACGACACGUACACGUUCCACGGCCCGCCCGCCGCCGACGAGACGCCCGGCCCUGUCAACUGGACCCAGCCCUACUUUGACUGCGGCCGCUCCAACAAGUGGAUCAUGGGGGCGGCCGUUCCUAUUGUCGACCUCUACCAUCGGCACACCGGCUUCCGGCACAUCGAGUACCCGACCUACACUGCCGUGGCCGUCAUUGAAAUGGACUUUGAACGAAUAGAUAUAAAUCAAUGUCCACUCGGCGAAGGAAACUUGGGUCCGAACCAUUUCGCCGACACGGCCCGGUGUAAAAAGGACACGACGGAGUGUGAGCCGCUGGACGGAUACGGGUUCCGGCGCGGUGGCUACCAGUGCCGCUGUAAGCCCGGACAUCGAUUACCGAACGUGGUACGCAGGCCAUAUCUGGGCGAGGUGCUGGAGCGGGCUACCAGCGAGCAGUACCGCUACGCCUUCCACUGCGACAACAUCGGCUGGAUUCAGAAGACGAUCGUUGGUAAGGAGCGUCUGGACCAGUACACUCGGAUGCAGCACAUGCACCGGCACUUUUACAAGAACCACACGGCGCACCUGAACGACUCGCUGGCGCAGCCGCCCGUCGAGGACGUCAUGUCGCUGCUCGAGUUUAUGCAGGAGGUCAAGGCCGGCGACUGCACAAAGUACCACCCGAAGGACCUGCAGCUCCGCGGCGACGUGACCUACGGCGCCGACAAGCAGAUGGAGAACCAGGCGCGUCUAGCGCUCCGGCUGGCCAACUUCAUCUCUGCCUUCCUGCAGGUGUCCGACCCGGACGAGGUAUUCUCGGGCAAGCGGCUGGCAGACCGGCCGCUCACUGAGGAUCAGAUGAUGGGCGAGGCGGUCUCGCUGCUGAUGGGCGACACCUGGAUCUGGAACGCCGGCAUCUACUGGGACCGCAACAAGUUCUUCAACCGCACCCUGUUCGCGCCGUUCGCCUACAAGGAAAAACUCAACACGCGCGCCUUCAAAAUGGAGGACCUGGCACGCGUGAACAAGUCCGAGGACGUCUACCUCAACAAGCCCGUGUUCCGGGCGGUGAAGGCGCGCUGGUCCACCAACUUUGACUCGCUGGAGAAGAUCUGGAUCAAGAUGCUGUUCCGCUCUCAUUCGACCAGCGACAACCUGUUCCUGAGAAAAUACACCAGAUACCCGGACUAUUUCCUGGCUGCCAAACUGGAGGACGGCUACUGGACGGCGCCGUAUUUCGACUGCGGUGGCUUCCACCCCAUGUGGAUGAUCACAUACGCGGCGCCGUUCUUCGGCUGGGACGACCUCAAACAUAGCGUUGAGUUCAAGGGAAUGGUGAGCGUGUCCAUGAGUGCCGAGAACCUGGACAUCAACCAGUGUGACCACGAUUACUGGGUGGCCAACGCCUUCAAGAACACGCACAAAUGCGACAGGAGGUCGUCUUACUGCGUGCCGAUCCAGGGCCGCGGCUUCUGGACGGGCGGCUACAAGUGCGACUGCAAGCAGGGCUACGAGUACCCGUUCGAGGACCCCAUCACCUACUUUGACGGCCAGCUGGUGGAGGCCGAGUUCCUCAACCUGGUCAAGGAUGAGCCCACCAGGUUCGACUACUACAAGUGCCGUCUGGCCGGAGCCGACCGUUCCCAGAUCAGCUUCGUGGUGCUGGUGGUACUGCUCGCAGCGGCUGGUCUGUACCGCCGACUGCAGGGCUGAGUCGCCUCAGCUGGCCUGCUGGGCUGAGCCACCCGGGCGGCCUGCCGGGCUUCAGAGUGAUCCCAGCCGGCUCGCUGGUCGCUCGGAAGGCCUCCGGUCCGGAUUGGUGAGUUCACGACGGGCGGUCUUUCUUCACCGUUAGUGGGCCAAAUGGAGUGCGCGCCUCUCACAGGCGGCACAGUGCAGCUGAUCUGAGAGGCUAUCGCUGGUCUCUCCGUGCGCGUGCCGCGCUUCUAUCCAGCUCUGUAUAUAGGUAUGCCCAGUUUCGGCCGAUGUUGGCCAUUCUCGCGUACCGCCGAUGGUGGUUCUGUUCGGGCCGCAGCGGUGCGCCGCCCUCCCCUCGGCGCUAGUGUUAGUUACAGUCGCCGGGUGCCCCGAGCGGCCCCACUGCCCGCCUCUACACCGCGCCCGGCGGUGUAUGUCAGAAUCUCGAUCAACUGGUAUGCCUGAGGACAUUCCAUAUUUUGCUACUUGAGAAUUUUCUAGGCGAGUUUCGCAUCGCAUCCAUUUCGCAUUUUUUUAGCAUGUUUACAUGUUGAUCUGAAUGUUGCAUCAGAAGAAGACUGAAUCUCAACGAUGCAUUCCAUUACCGUGAUACGGGAUGCUUAUAGCGUAGCCAACCCUAGUUUUAUACUUGUGGAACAAUUAACGUGUCUGAAUGCGUGUUACGUACCGUGAAGCCGUCCUGCUUUAUGCCAGCAGCUGCUUUGCUAGUGUUCGUGGGUAUCAUGUAUCCUCACCGCUGCUCUUGCACGCCCCACACCCAGUUGGUUGUGACUAUUAGAUAAGAUAAUCAUGUUUUAAGGUCAAAUCGAUAAUCACAUGCCACACCUAGCCGGUUUGCAGUACCAUAUACCGUAGUGUGUAGAGGCCCGCGCAGUGUUAAGCGAGGCCUUGUUUGACGCUCCGGCAGCUGCUGCUGGGCCGUGCUGUGGUUGUAGCAGUAAGGACCGUUGGCGGGGCGUCGCCAACAGUCGUAGUAGUGACUCGUUUUAAGGGACUCAAAGUGAGUCGUUUGCAGCCGUUCCGUCCAUUUUACUGGCUGUCCGUCCACUGAAAUGGGCCUAGUUGGUCCACUGUAUCGGGCAUCCGUCCAAUCCCGGUCUGCGAUAUGGUCCACUGUACCGGACCUUGGUCCAAUCCCGGUCCGCGAUUUGGUCCACUGUCCAGGACUCCGGACACUGUGUGACCAUUUUGAGGCUAUUUUGAAAUACAACGCGAAUGCUCAAA